CACCUCCGCGGCUCCCAAGCCCUAGAUGUCCCCCUCCCCCUCCUCCUGCCCCCGCCGCGCCGCCGCCGCCGCCCGCGCCCCGCGCCGAUCUCGCCAGAUCUCGCGCCAAUCGGAGGCCCCGCGCCUCCCCGCGGCCCGAUUCGCCGCCAGCGCGCCCGGGAACGGCGCUGAUUUGGGCCGGUUUUGGCGGUGAGGUGCGGGUGAGGUCUCGGUGGGUCUUGGGCCUUCCGGGGCCCGGUGGAUGGAUGCGGUGGAGCUGCCGCUUCCAGCGAAGGUGGAUUUCGGGAAUAUCCUGGCGCCGGCAGCGGCCGUGGAGGGGGUGGACGGCGUCGUCGUCGGUGGUGGCGGCCCCGGAGGCGGGGGAGGGGAGGUCCUGAGGCGCUGCGCCGACGCGGAUCGGCGGCACGGUGGUGAUGUGAAGCAGCAAAGCCAGAAUAUAGAAGGCUUUCCGUCCUUUAGAAGUAAAAGGACUUCUUUGGAAGUCCCUAUGCAGAAAUCUCUUGGUUUUGGCUUGAAGUCUGAAAACGGUAAAAGGGAUUUUGUUGGACAUGAUGCUAUUCAAUCCUUGCAUAAGCAAGAUAGCAAGAUAGUGGCAAAAAAGACCAUAAAGUUGUUGGACGGUCCACCUUGUUCAAAAAGGCCGAAGCUUGAGCCAGUACAAACUGGAAGAGAUGCCGAAGCUAAGGGACAUGACUUCAUAUCACAGAAGAAUGUUCCUGAAUUGGCACAAUGUGCAGCAUCUGGAGCACAUGGCCUUAAAUCUGAUGUCCGUGACAUCACAAAUCACAUUGAGAACCUCUCAUUGAGUGAACUUCUCGAUGGUACUUACAAGUAUUCCAGCUUAGGAAGAGAUAAAGGAAAGAAGGUAUUGCGUACGAAAGAUGAACUCCUAGUCUCUGUCAGAAAAGCGUUUUCUAUGCUUUCAGAUAUGGACUAUUGCAAUGGAAAAGAUGCUAAUCUCAUCCUGAGCCCUAAACUUCCUUCUGCAAGCACUUCUAGCUAUGACAUCAAAGAGCAAUGUGGUGACAAGCCACCCCCCUUGGUUAAGGACUCUUCACAAAUCAAUGUCUGUGAUACAUCACUUUGUCCUCCAAAAGAUAUCUUAAGCCGUUUAACACUUCCCCAUGGACAAGAUCUGGACUCACUUUUAGCACCAGGAAGUGAGAGCACAGCUGCAGUUAAGCCUUAUAUGCCUUCCAUGACUGUUCAUGGAGCUAGUUUGCCACCAUUUCCUUGGUCACAUUCACAGGCCGGGGGUUAUCGACAAAGUGUUGACUGUGGUAAACAUGGGUCGAGUAGGAGUAGUUCCCAGUGGCAGUGGAUGAGGGUUGGAUGCAACCUCACUCUAGAUUAUGAAGAUUCAUCUGUCCAUAAAAUUGAUGAUCUUCUUCAAGAGAUGGAUGCAGCAAAGUUAUCUAUAAUGGGUUCAUGUGAUGGGCGAUAUAAUUUAUGUGGCAUGGAAUCAACUUCCGGAUCACUCGUACAAAAUAUUCACUCAAGAAAAAUUGGGAGUGAGAAUGGUUCUCAGCAACUGCAAUCCCUGGACCAUGGUGACUCUUCAGAUGGUUUCCAGAAGCAUGACAGUGAACAUUCUCUUUUAAAAACACCGCAAGUAUCGCCAAAGAUACAGCGCGCUGCUGAGAUCUUAUGUGAUAUGAGAAGAAGCACUGAAUCAUGGAGUGCCCAAGGAUACAGCAAUGGAGCAAUUAAGUGGCCAAAAUCACCAUCUGAAAAGGUGAUGAAGGCCCGCAAGGCCUCAUCCCAGUUUGGUACAGCUGAGAGCUCAUCAGGUUCUCGUAACAAUGAUGCAACUUGGAAUGGGAGCAAUCACUCUACCAAGAAAAUAGUUGACAGGAAGAAUGAUUCUGCACGCUUGAAUAACCCUAGUAAGGGGACUAUAAGGUGGCCUGUGCCUAUUGAAGAUGGUGCCUCUCCUGUCAGGUCCGAGCGAGGUCUUAUGCUUGAUACAAAGCAACCCCAUGGCAAUGGCGGAAGGCAUCCAGUCCAGGUGUCAUCACAGGCACGGCUCGAGAAGGAGUAUGAGAACCAGCAGAAGUUGAGGAAAGCAACACUGACCUCAUCUCUAGGAUCUGCAGGAGAUUGGAAUAGGGAGAGGAACAGGAGAAUGUGAAGUGUACAUUAUUCAUGUCGAAAUCAUAGGCUAUGGUAUAUCGUCUGGGGGACAGCGGAACCAGGCAACUGUUUCAUAAGAGGUCACAGAACAUUGGGAGAUGUGAUAAUUUAGGUGGCGGGUGCUGUAUCUAUUGGGCCAUUUGUUGUUGGGGGAACUGUUGUAACUAGUGUAAUUUUCCUUUUCAUUACCAUCACAUCACAGGUCUCUCACUGUCUCACUAUCUUCUGUUGUGUAUUACUAAUAUAUCUCGACCUACUAUCAGUGAAGUAAUAAUAGCAUGCGAGGUAAUUGCAUUCCA